GUUUUCCUACCCUACUAAACCGGCCUAAGCUAUAUUUUGAACCCUCAAAUUAUGGACAAUUCUCGGGUCAACCCAAUCGUUAGUUUUCCCCGAUUUAAAAUCGUAACCGGUCAUCCUUCGACUCUCUCUAUCUCUAUAUAAUUAAAGAGAAAAAAACCCAAUCUGCAAACCCUAACUCGGUUGGUUUCUCCCAUUUUUCGACCGUGGACGAACAAGUAAGUUUUAAAUUUUACGGCCUUAGAUUAUUCAUCCUUGUCGUUAUAAGUAAUUAUAUAUGGGAUUUUAAUAUUGUGGCGGUCGUUUAUAUAGAUUGUAGUGAAGGGUGAUGAGUUCUAAUUUGGAACCAGUGCCAGUUACUUCACAAAAACAUGACCCGGCAUGGAAGCAUUGUGAAAUGUUUAAGAAUGGGGAGAGGGUACAGUUGAAGUGUAUAUAUUGUUGCAAAAUAUUUAAGGGUGGUGGAAUUCAUAGGAUUAAAGAACAUCUUGCGGGUCAAAAAGGUAAUGCAUCUACUUGUUUGAGAGUUCAGCCCGAUGUUCGCCUUCUAAUGCAAGAGAGCUUAAAUGGUGUUGUAAUGAAGAAGAGAAAAAAACAGAAACUUGCUGAGGAAAUAACAACUUAUAAUACUGCCACUAGUGACAUUGCUGCAUUCACUGAUAGUUGUGGCCUAAAUACCGAAGUUGACUUGCUUCCAAUGCCAGAAGCUAUUGAACAAACCUCUAAUUUGUUUUUGAAUCGGGAUGAAGGAGGUAAUAAUAUAGGUGGUAGGAAGAAAAAAAGUAGGAUUAGAAAAGCAUCUUCCUCAAAUAAUAAUGCUAUGGUUCUAGCAAUUAACCAGUCCAAAAGAGUGAACAAUCAUGUGCAUAUGGCAGUAGCCCGAUUCCUUUUAGAUGCCAGGGUGCCUCUUGAUGCUGUAAAUUCUGUUUAUUUCCAACCGAUGAUUGAUGUGAUCGCUUCCCAAGGACCAGAAGUUGCGGGCCCUUCUUACCAUGACCUCAGAAGCUGGGUUCUAAAAGCUUCAGUUCAGGAAGUGAGGAAUGACAUUGAUCAAUGCUCAAGCACCUGGGCAAGGAGUGGUUGUUCUGUUUUGGUUGAUGAGUGGAUUACAGGAAAGGGUAAAACACUGAUAAACUUUUUGAUCUACUGCCCCGAAGGGACAAUGUUUUUGAGGUCUGUGGAUGCAUCUAGCCUAAUUAAUUCCAUGGAUUCUCUAUAUGAGUUGCUUAAGGAGGUAGUGGAGGAAGUUGGGGUGAGAAAUGUGUUGCAAGUAGUAACUGGUAAUGAGGAACGAUACAUUAUUGCUGGGAAAAGGCUCACUGAUGCUUACCCUACACUCUUUUGGACUCCUUGUGCUGCUCACUCCAUUGACUUGAUGCUCGAGGACUUUAAAAAACUUGAGUGGAUUGAUACAAUAAUGGAACAAGCCAAGUCAAUAUCUAGAUUCAUCUACAAUAAUAACAUUCUCUUGAGUAUGAUGAGAAAGUUUACCUUGGGAGUUGACUUAGUUGAUUUGGGAGUUACAUGCUCUGCAACUGACUUUUUGACACUAAAAAGAAUGUUAAAUAUCAAACACAAUUUGCAAUCAAUGGUUACUUCAGUAGAGUGGAUGGAGAGCCCAUAUUCAAAGAAACCAGAGGGGUUUGCCCUGCUAGAUUAUAUUAGUAACCAGUCCUUUUGGUCUACUUGCAGCUUGAUUAGCCGCUUGACAGAUCCCAUCUUGAGGCUUUUAAGGAUAGUCUGUAGUGAGGAGAGGCCUGCAAUGGCGUAUGUUUAUGCAGGGGUCUAUCGAGCAAAAGAAGCAAUUAAGAAAGAGCUUGUCAAUAAGAAGGAUUACUCAGUUUAUUGGAAUAUUAUUGAUCACAGGUGGGAAUCACUUCAGCAUCAUCCUCUUCAUGCUGCAGGGUUUUACCUCAAUCCCAAGUUUUUCUAUACUACUGAGGAAGAUGUGCACCUCCAUAUCAGAUCACUUGUAUAUGAUUGUAUAGAGAAAUUGGUUCCUGAUCCUAAAAUCCAAGACAAAAUUGUGAAAGAAACUACUUCUUACCACAACAGUGCUGGAGAUUUUGGGAGGAAAAUGGCAGUAAGAGCCAGAGACACUCUUUUUCCUGCUGAGUGGUGGUCAAUAUAUGGUGGAGGGUGCCCAAGUUUGGCUCGCUUGGCCAUCCGUAUUCUCAGUCAAACAUCAAGUUUGAUCAGGUCCAAGCCAGGUCGAAUUCCUUUAGAAGAGAUGCAUGAAACAAAAAAUUGCAUUGAACAUCAAAGACUUAAUGAUCUUGCUUUUGUUCAGUACAACCUGUGGCUUAGGCAAAGCACUAGGAAGAACAUGGAGCCGGAUUGUAUGGACUCAAUUUCCUAUGACAAAAUGGAAUGUGUCCAUAAUUGGGUGUCCAGGAGGGAACGAAUCUCGGAGGACAUGGAAAGUUCAGACUGGAUGACUGUUGACCCUCCUUUGGGAAGCCUAGCUCCCUUAGGUCCAUUUAUUGAUGAUAUUGAAGCCUUAGGUGCAGGUUUUGAUGAUUUUGAAAUUUUUGGUGGGCCAAAAGAUAAUGAAGAAGAGAUUGGAGAGGAAAACAAUGUAAAUGAGUAAAUUUUUUGCUAUAGAAGAUUUUUUGUUCUGUUGGAAGGAAAUGGGAAGAUUACGCUGAGUCCCACGUGGAAGCUACCUUGACUUUAGUUUUAAGCCAUAACAAAUUGCAGUGAGCAAUAUUGAGGAUUUGGUGCCGAUGCUCAGCGUCCAUGUGCUAUUCCUCUACACCAAAUUGGUUUCUUCGUGACUUCCCUUUACUCCCCGAAGUGAUCUCAUGUAGCAUAUGCCAUAGACAUUAGUAAUAUUUUUUAAAAAUGGAAGACCGUUGCCUGUUGGAGAGACCUUGUUUGUUGAAUGGCAUGACCAAUUGAGGGUCUGGGAUCUUUCAGAUAAGUGAUUGGUGUCAAAGUGCAGAGAAACUGGUAUAAGAUAAAAGAAAAUGUUUGGUGGGAGAAAUCUAUUUUUUGAACCUGCUUAUGUUAUUCUCUAGUUUCCUCCUGUAUCUUGGUGAAGUUCCAGCGUAUACAAGUGGAAUCUUUUCUUGCAUUUUGAGAGUUUGCAAACUGAGCCAGAAUGUUAUUCCUGCUUUUCCAAGGACCAAUUGAAUUUACCGGUAUCUUAUGUUCAUAAUUGUGAAUAUCAA